AAUGAACCUAUUCAGACGAGUUUGCAUCCCCUUAUUAAGAUAGGUACCUAAAAUUGCUACUCCAAGAGUUGUGGCAUUAUCAUUAUUAACUUCUCACUUAAUUUUGUUUCCUAAAAAAGUGAAUGCAACUAGUAUAUCAAAUCCAGAAGGAACAAACAAUGGUUUCAAUAAAUAUGAAAAAUUCUCUGAUUAAAUUUAUGAAUAAAUUCAUUAAGUAAACAAAUUCAUAGUAAUAAUUAAGACUCAUGAUAUUAUAAUUGUUGUAGAUCCAGAUAGAUUUGUAGAACAUUUUUUGGAUGAAUUACUUUAAGUUGUUGAUUAAGUAGUAAAGGUUUAAAAAGUUAGAUCAAAGAGACCUUUAAAAGUUUUGACUUUGAAUGAACCUAUUACAGAAAAAUUGGUAAGGGAUUUUGAGUAAAAGUACAAAAUUACAAUUGAAUAGGAUACUAUUAUGCUAUUAAAGAAUAAAUAUAUUUAAAGGAUAUAUAAUUUCAAUGCUAAUGAUUAUUUUGAAAAUAGAAUUCUAUUGAUCAAUUAUUUUAAAAAGAUUAAUAAGUUAACAUAAAAAAAGUUAAAUGAAUUUGAGUAAAUAUUAUCAUAUCUACCAUCUACAGAAACAGCAGUUUUAGUUUAUGCUGAUAAAACAUCACCAUAAUAUAAGAAUGUUUAAACAAGAUUUUGUAUUAUGUAAUAAAAUGAUAAUUAUUAAAAAAAUGAAAAAUUACAUUGGAUUCUAAUUGAUAAAGCUGUUGCAGAUAAAUUAGGAAUCUAAAAUAUAUAAAAUGGAUAAUUAUUUUUCUUAUAAAAAAGUAGUAAAUUAAAUAACUUUUAAUCUUCUAUAAUUAUUAACAAUAAAAAGUUAUUAAUAACACCAGCUGGUACUUUAGGAGGUAAAUCAGUAGAUAAUGUAAUGGAAGAUUUAACAUAGGCAUAUAAUGAUGUAAAUGUGUUUUCAAACAGAAGUUUUGGUAAAUCUUCUACAAAAUAUUCUAUUGUAUUAGAAUUAGAUUUAAAUAAAAUACCAAAACAUGAAGAAACCAGAUUAGUAAAGGCUUUUGGAGAAUUGAAAAAAUAUUUAAAAGAAACAAAUCCUGAAUUACUAGCUAAGACAGAAUUUAUAUAUUUAAAUAAGACUCCUAAAGAUAAUCAUUUAGGUUAUUAAGUAUAUAUAAGGGAUGAUUAAAAAUAUGGAGAUCGUUUGAGAUAACAUUAAGAAACUAAUAUGGAAAUUAUGAAAAAAUUAAGUGUAUUCAAUGAAUUUGGAUAAGCACAUAGUUAUGUUUAUAGAUUAGAUGAAUAAAUAUAGGUAAGUAAAGAUUCUUUGAUUUCAUUUUUUAUGGCUGUAAAGAAUGGACAUGCAAGUGAAUAUUUCUAAUCUUAAGAAUAGCCUAAAUACAAAAAGUAUUCUGUAAAAUUAGUAAGUAAGAUAUUUGAAAAGGAAGUAAUGGAAAGCAAGAAAGAUUAUGCAAUAUUUUAAUAUUCAAAGAAUUGUCAUGCAUGUGGAGAAUAUGGUUAAUAUUAUGAAAAUUUAGCAUUGGAAUCAUAUAAAUAAGAAAAUUCUACUAUGAUUUAUGGUAGAAUGAACAAUGAUCAUAAUAAACCAUCAUGUAUUCAAGAUUUCCCAUAUACUCCAGUAUUUAUGGUUUGUAAAAAAGGAAUUCAAAAAUAUCCAUAUGUUUAUAGGUAUUAUUUAAAUUAAAAUAAAGAAACCAAAAAUUCACUCCAGAUUUAUUGAAAAGCUUUUUUAGUGUAACAAAUGCUAUAAAUUUAAUUCCUGAAGAAUAAUAUUAAAAAUUGUAAGAAGAAAGAGCUUUAUUCAUGUAAAAUCAAUAAUGAGU